UCCACUGGAGAAAAAAAAAAAAAACGACAGGGAGUUACCUCAGCGCUUUCCGAGGUAUGAGAUUGGGUCAUUUACCACCCUGCUCCCUUAUCUAUUAAAGGAGGAAAUCACGAAUUUUACGAAAGCGGUGGGAAACGGACAGAAACACGGGCAAACCUGGAGAACUGGCCCAGUUCUCGGAUAGCUCCUUUUUCUCCUGCUCCCGGCGGAUCAGUCGGAAUCUGAGGGGCGUGCACGCGCGCAUGCGUGUGUGUUUACAAGUGUUUGAACGAGAGCCAGAAACGAGGGAAGGAGGAUAAAACCCCAAGGAAAGAGGGAUGGUGGACAACUCCAGCAGCAGCAAGGCGCAAAUGCCAAGCAUGUCUCAGGAGCCCAGUGUGGCUUUUCCACAGAGCACCUCUACAGGGGGAAUGAAGCUGGAGGCAGUGAUGGAGCAGCUCCAGCGCCAGCAGCAGGCCCGUCUGGAAAUGGAGAGGAAGGAACGGAAGCUGCGAGAGGCCCACAUCAUGUACGCUCAGCAGGUUGCAGCCCAGCAGGCUAUACUGGCUGCAGCCCGGGCUUCCGGGGCAAGCUUCAUGGGCAAAGGCAUGGCCGGAGGCGUUCCUGCAGCCGGCUUGCCUCCUCGGGUGUCCAAUCAGAGCAGCGUGGACUCGGAAAGAGAGGAGGAUGAGGACAGAGGCCGGGAUUCGGGGGAUGAGGAUGAUGACAACGAGAUGAUGGAGGGGGACGAGGGCAGCGACGAGGAUGAGGGAAACGCCAGCGGCCUGGAGUUUCUCCGCAAGCAGACCCUGGCUCUGCAACAGAACGCCUCCCGCAUCCCAGCCCGUCCGUUCGCAGGCUACUCCAUGUCGGCCCCCCAGAGAGCUGUCUCCCCACCUGUUAGAGUGAAGCAGGAACCUGAUGAGGGCAUGUCCCCUGCAGGGCCAAACUCAUCUGCCUCUCCUAAUGGACAGGCCGACUGGGGAUUUGAUGACCACUUCAGACAGAAUGGCAGUGCUGGAUGGACAGAUGAGGCUGACAGUAACAGAGGACGAGGAGAAGCCUCCAGAGACUUUGCUAAGCUGUAUGAGCUGGACAAUGAUCCGAAAAGGAAGGAAUUUUUGGAUGAUCUCUUUACCUUCAUGCAGAAACGAGGAACCCCGGUCAAUCGUAUUCCCAUCAUGGCCAAGCAGGUCCUGGAUCUGUACAUGCUCUACAAGCUGGUAACGGAGAAAGGCGGCCUUGUGGAGGUUAUCAACAAGAAGAUCUGGAGAGAAAUCACCAAGGGACUCAACCUGCCUACAUCCAUCACCAGCGCUGCUUUCACUCUGCGCACACAGUACAUGAAAUACCUGUACCCGUACGAGUGCGAGAGGAAAGGUCUCAGCUCCCCGGGCGAGCUGCAAGCCGCCAUCGACAGUAACCGACGCGAGGGCCGUCGUCCUAGCUACAGCAGCAGCCUCUUCCGCUUCUCUCCUUCUCCAGGCACGGCUCCCCACAUCCUCUCUCCUCCCAAGAUGCAUCUGACAGGCCUUGGCGCCGGGACCUCAGUCACCCUCAAUGGCCUGCAGGCUUCUCCAGGACCCUCUCUGAAGAAAGAAGACCUGACCCCUGCGAUCAUGGCCGCAAGACCUCCUCUUGCGCUGUCUCUGGGUCAGCAGCAGGUGGCUGGUUUGGCGAGAGCUGCCACCCUGGAGCAGCUCAGAGAAAAACUGGAGACCAGUGGGGGAGGAGAGGGGCCAGAGAGAAAGAUGGCCCGCCUGGCAGAGGAGCAGCAGCGCCUCAUGCAGCAGGCUUUCCAACAUAACCUGCUGGCCAUGGCAUCCCAGAUGCCCAUGAAUCUGCGCUUGGGAGCCCCCACCAUCGCCACCAGAGGUCAGCGCUGCCAAGAUGAGAAGCAGCAGGAUAUGUCUCUUAGCAUCUCCACCAAUGGGAAUGCCAGCAUCACUGUAUCUGUGGAGGUUAAUGGCACAAUCUACUCAGGAACCCUGUUUGCCCAGAAGUCCGGCGGGGCACCAGGGCCUGUUGUUGCUGCUAGUGCCGCCUCAUCAUCCCCUGCUGGACCCAGCUCAAGCUUUGGCUUCUCUGCUCCCCAGGCCCAGACCCUCAGCCCCACACCCUCCUCCACCUCCUCCUCCAAGGGCUCUGGCUCCGCUGAGCUGGCGCCCAGCGGUUCCCCCUAACUCGAGCUUUCCUUUGUACCCGCUCCCUAGGCCGCUGCUCCACAGCAAGGCCCCAGCAUGAAUAUACAGUACAAUGAGAAACCGAUAAGAAUAAGAAACUGUUGCACAACAAAUACCUCAACAACCCUGUCAACCUUUUGGCUGUCCAAUCAUGAACAUAGAGCCCCAGAAUAUCACAUAAACCCACUUCUCUGCAUUAAAUUCAUCACAUGCAUAGAUAUACACAAUCUACACACUCAUACACUUAUUAAUCCUAGUGUACAUGCUAAACACAAUCAGCUCAGCCAAAACCCACUGACAGGCGUAUUCACAACUGAACUUGAAAAGUUUUACUUUAGGACAUUUUGUUUGUUUUAUUGCCAUUUUGUUCUCUUUUUGAUUUUUGUUUUUUAGAAUGAUUUUGUUUUCAGUUUUUCUCUUUUUACAUACCUCAAAUCAUGUAACCUGCAGUGGUGUCUUUACCUCAGGAGCUGUAGAAUAUUUAACCUGAAUCAACUUUAUUUUUGUAUUCUGUUUAAACUUGUUGCAAUCAGGGGAAGUCGGGUAUCUCUCACCAACACAACCUCAUGUACAGCGCACUCACCUCACAGCAAUAGGCCUCCAACCCAGGCCACUCAGGUCUGUAACACACUGUAGCCUCGUGUUGAACUCAGACUGGUGAAUGAUAAAGAUGAUGCUGUAGAUCGGCAGAUUAAAUACCUCAUUUCACAACUACCCUCAGUAAAAGACCUUUACAACAGUUGGAAGCCCUAACCUAUACAGGAGCAUCUCAAUAAAUUCAAGUAUCUUUAAAAAUGUAAUUUAAUUCAAGAAGGGAAAUCCACUGCCUCAGAGUCAUGCAUUUCAAGUGUUUAUAUCUGUUAAUUUAAUGAUUAUGGCUUACAGCUAAUGACAAAAAACAUAUUUCAGUUUCUUAGAAAAAAAAUUUAUUUCAUGUACAAAUAUAGGCCUACUGAAAAAUAUGUUCACUCAAUACCUCGUUGAAGCUCCUUGCACAUGAAUUACUCCCAUCAAUGCGACCUGACAGAGAGGUGAUCAGCCUGCGGCUCUGCUGGUCUCUAUUAUUUUCUCCGGUGUCUCUCAUCUUUUACGUAACAGCAUCCUGGUGGGUCUCAGUGGAGUUCAGGUCGGUCCACUUUGCUGGCCAGUUGAACCCAGUGAUACCAUGUUCAUUAAGGCACAUACUGGUACUUUGAAAAGGUACCAAGUCCUGCCAAGUUAAAAUUUCUUGGUAGAUGGCGUGUUCAUGUCCUGAAUAAGUCUUUGUGUGUCGGGGGAUCUUUCAGCGCUAAUCCAGGCUGCAGUCUACGUUUUGUGAAAGUCCCCCAAGUUUGUAAAUGGACAUUUUUUCCUACCUCUGGUCUUCCCUAUGCUUAACAUUAUGCUGAGAAUCUGCACUGUGUUCACAGCCAGCUUCUUUACUUUCCUAGACACUG